ACACUUGGUAACAGAACUCUCUCUGUGCUGUGCAUGCAGGUAGCACUAUCCAAAUACUACGGGUUUGGGUUGAAAGUGUAAUAAUUCACCAACUCUGCGCAGCUGAGGGCGCGGUCCAGUGUAAUAAUAGUAAGCCACCAUGAAGACCAUGUGCUGUCGCGGGGAUCCAGCACUAUUCAAAACUCACAUGGAUCUUAUGGUCACUAACUCCACCGAUUGGACACGCUUGCAUGCAUUGACCACGCCAGCAAAAGGAUUGGAUAUCAACCGGAAAAAUAAGGCUGGACAAACCUGCUUGAUUUAUAUUUUAACGUCGUGGGGAAACAAACACGAAGAACAAAUCUACAGUUUGGUCAAUGCAGGAAUUGAUGUAAAUGCCACUUGGAAUGAAAGCAGAGCCACAUUGAAGGCUGUUCAAACAGAAGACCAAGAAUUGGUGGAUUUUCUUAAUGCUCUUCGGAUGAAGCAGGACGGUAAUACUGCCCUCCAUUAUGCCGCCUACCCGGGGACGGACGAGUGUCUUGUGGAGUCUCUGCUGAGGUCUGGAGCAGACGCUACCAUCAAGAAUAAGAAGGGACGCAUAGCAAAGGACUACGCCCUGAGAAGUAAAAGACAAGAAGUGAUUCAAAUAUUUGAAAAAUACGAGCCGGACCUGUGGACCGCGGUUCGGAAUAACGAUGAAGCACGUGUAAGAAAAAUGGUCAUGGAAUAUUGGUGCAAUGUCAAUAUAUCAAGGGGCUCGAAGACAUUGAUGCAGUUAGCUACACAGCUCGGGCACACCUCGAUAUUACGCAUUCUGGAGGAAGGAAGGGAGAGACAG